AUGGAUUUCAAUACAAUUGAUUUAACUCGAGCAGAACAAGCUACUUCUUUGUUAAUUACUAAUGAACAACAAGAAUAUCAAUCAAGAACAUUAUUAGAUAAAAAUAAUGGACGAUACGCUUAUUUACCUAUAUUUCCAACACAAUAUGUUGGUCCAAAUGAGUGUUUACUUUUGGCUAAUGUACCAGUUAGUCGUCUUGCACCUCAUCAAAUUAAUCAACGUCAAUAUGGAGCUUAUACUUUCGAUGCACUGAUGCUGAUGAAUAAGUACACUUAUUCCGAUGAAUUUAGUUUAUCUGAACACGAUGCUAAUGAAUUAGCUUCACGAUUACAAAUAGGCAAAUCAAUUAUUAUUUUCAAUGCACAACGACUUCGUAGCAUCUGUCAUACUCUUCUUGCAUUCCAUGAAUCAUUUCGACGAUAUGUUCUAUUGGAUUUAUUCUAUAUGAAAACUUGUUCGUUUCGAGGAGCUCAACCUCCAUCUAAUAUAGAAGGUCUAUUUUGUGGAAGAGAUGAACCUCAAGCAAGAUAUUCAUUGGAUCCAUGUGAUAAUCUUUUUUGUCAAUGUUGUCUUCCAUUAAAUACUUACAAGAAAAGUCAACCAUGGCCAAUUGUUAAUUUUGCUUCAAGUUCAAUGCAUCGAUUUCUCAAUGGUUAUACUACCUAUCUCAAUUGUCCAGCAACAUGUACUACAUCGAAUAUAAUUUAUGCCAUGACAUGUCCAUGUGGUCAUUAUGAUUAUGUUGAUUCAACAGCAAAAACAUUGGCUGAUGCUAUGGCUUAUCAUCGAGAACAUGGCAAUCGAAUUGUACAUGAAAAAUUAACUGGUAGUCGUCUAUUUCGAGGAUCACAAAUCGAUCCUAAUGAAAGAGAAAAAGAAAUGUUUAAUCAAAUGCGUCUCUAUCAACAUGCAGCUCGUUGUCCAGAAGCACUUCGUUCAUUUCUUGAUUGUAAUCCUAUGUAUUGGUGUUUUAUACCUCUACCUUGGGAUGAAGCAGUAACAGAAAAUGUUGCUAAUCGUCC